AUGGCUGCGCCUGUUCCUCUUAAUCUGUUUUCUUUCUUUCAUGCCAUUGGCAGCACCCCUGCUCUCAAUCUGACACAGGAUAUCCCUUAUGACGAGUCUGCAAGCCUUCUGCUUCUUGGUUGCGGAGAUGUUCGUCAUAUACUGUUCACUUGCUUCAUGAAUAGCGCAUCAGCCCGUAAUGUUUUACUCUUCACCUUGAUACUGGAUUGUGAAGACACGGACACCCUGUUGUUAUGGAAUAUCUAUUAUCAUUUGUUUAUUGAUGAUAAGUCUCUUGGUCUUCUUGAAUCUCAAAUCAAGAAAUUAUGUCGUCUUUCAAAAUCUCUGAGGCACUGGCACAGGAGCAAGUAUGGACGUCUCCUGAGAUUCUGUGACUCAAAGACACUUGCUCUUGUGGGGGAUGUCUGGUAUUCAUAUAUACACGCCUCAGACAAGGUCUUAUACGUGACUGGUUUUCGAAAUGCAAUUCAAGCCUGCCUUGAAGUGAAAGCUGCAACCCUGGGACCUGGGAUAGAGGUGAAUGGGGCCCGUUCUGCUGCUCCCAAUGCAGCCGGGGCUAUCAAAGAUCUCCCCGGUCUGCACUCUCGUUAUUGGAAAAACGGAAGCACUUCAAAUGAUCCCAAAGCCUCAAAUGUGCACGCCAACCCCACCCUGGCACCUUUGGAAAAUGACCCUGCGAUGCUUUAUUAUGACAUUGAUCCACUCCACGGAUUUCACCUAGUAACUGCAUAUACAUCAAUAGGUUCAGAAUCCCCAUUUUGCCCCAAAGAAACUGCUAAUAGUCAUGCACAUCAUGCAGUAGAAACAGCGCGUCUUCAGUUUAAAGUAUGGUGUCAGUCAUUCAAAGAUGGGCAGGAAUCUUGCACCGUUCGUUUCUUUUCUGGGGAAGCUCUCGCUUUUUGCCAUACCCUGCAGCAUAUGACGAUCACCAAAGAAACUUCUGCGAAUUGGUUCCGAACUCCGUACCAUUUUGAUACUUUCAUUUUAGAUGCGGAGGACUAUGAGCCCAAUGGCCCCGCUCCCUUGGCCUUCGACGUCAUCGACACGUCCAGCCUUAUCGACGACCUUGGUGGUAUAAACAUCUUCAUCGCCGCAAGGCCGCUACUUCACAAAAAAACAUCAUCCACGAUAUAUGCAGAGUCCUUGGUUAAGUGGGUAACUGAUGUAGACUUACUGCUAGAUGACCUUUUCGCCGGUCAUUUUCCAACGGUGUCGAUAUUACUUGGUGUUUUCCCUGUCCAAUACUGGACAAAUUCCUCCGCAGUUGCGAAUUCCGAGGAGCAAUUUAUAGAAGAUAUGCACAAAUGCCCAAUGGGACAUGUCGUAAACACCCGCAGGAUUUACAGCAGAACAAUGUGGAAGCAUCAAUCACCUACGACGAAUACACUUGGAAGCAGCAGCUGCCAACUUCUCCACUUCGACCCGGAAGGCUUAUCUCAGGUUCUAUUCAGCAUCUACCUGAAAAUGUACUUGAACGAGGACGUGAAAUUGACCUUAGGCAAUCCAACUCAGGACACGAUUCAGAGAAACUCCUGUAUUCGUUACCAUCGCGGAAGCUUUGCUAGGUUCCUUGAAUUUGUUCAAAAGCGCGUCAAUGUUGAUUGGGAUAAGACCAUGUCAACGCUGAUCACGUUGAUUGAAGGUGAUAAAGUUCUUCUGGUUGGGCCAAAUUUCAUGCAUGAGUUGUUUGCACAUCUCCACCUUCUUGGAGUGCAUUCAAACUCAUCCCUUACCAGAGAACUUGUUUACAACCGAACCUCCCAUGAUUUCCGCGCGUGGAAGGAUAUGCCUCAGUUGGCUUCUGUCACGGUGGAAGUUCCAAGAGCAAAACUCUCUAUUUUCACCAAGCUUUCUCGUGCUAAACUGGGAACACCGUAUAUCAACGGUUUCAUAUCAAAACGGAUGGCUUGGAAGAACCUUUUCGCAGUUGUGCAGCUUGGAUUUGGACAAGUAGUUGGUUAUGGCGCAAGACACAACGACGAUUUUGCGGUAACUGUGGUCGAGGAUCAUAGUGGCUGGAAAGGGAAGAGUUCCCUUAUUGUGUCCUUCAUUGUUCCUUCGUGGAUGCUGCUCCUGGAACCAGAAAACACCAUGGUUGGCAUUUCCCUUUACAACACUCCGCUUGCCUCUAUGACUUUUGGGAAAACACUAGGAAUGGACCUUACGGUCUUUUCAGCUGACCUUGGGAAUGGAUCCGCCGUAUAUAUCUCAAAGCAACGACCAAACAACGCCGGAAUGCCGCGUGUAUUUAUGCCACCAGGAGGUGGAGAAGAACCACAACAAAACCCAGGAGAUGCGGCUUUCCACACAACACUAAAGGCAGAGGUUGGCGUUGAAAAAGGAAUCAUCACUGGAUUUGUUGCUCAUAUCGAUUUCCUUUCUUCAGAAGCAAAGGAAGCCCUGAAGCGUGAGAAAAUGGUCGAGCUUAUUCAACCGUCCCCAUGCUCUCUGGGUGCAAUUGUCGAAAAUAAAUCCCUGGAAAUUGUUGUUACCUUUCCUGCUCCUGUGCUCAGAGCAAAGUCCAAGAUUAGGGUUGCGAGAACCUCAUCCUAUCUGGAGAUAGUGGCCUUUAGGGCCGAAAACCCCGAUCGUCAAGGGUUUCCAGAUUAUGUUUAUCCAACUUUCUUGGGCAAGAACGGAGAGCCGAUGGUUUGGAACAUUCCAUACCUUAACCCGAACCGUCUUCCCACUUUGGAUCCGAAUGGCGCAGAGUGUUUAGGAUGGCUGGUUUCGCACGCUUCCAUGAUGUUCUCUGUCAAUGAGAGUAGAGCGCGCCACGGCCUAGAUGUGAAUGGUGCAAAGGCAGCCGAAAACAUUAGGCUUUGUUUCAAGGACACUUUGUUUUCUAUGGUCAUGUCGUUCGCGGGGAUCCAAGCACCAAGGCGCAAAGUGUUUGGACUAAGCAACGACAAAAUCGGAUUGCAGGUCUUAUUUUUCAACUCCUCCAUCCGCAUUGACAUGUCCAAUCAUACUGUGGCUCUCGAUGUCGCUAUUAUCACCCUGCCUCCAGAGAUGGGACCGCAAAUGUGGGACUUUGUGAAAAGCUUAAAGACGGUCGAGUUUGCUACCAUAGCAGUGGACGAAGGGGAGCUAAAAUUAUGGAAACGCGUCCUGCCAGCGUUUGUCGAACGCUGCAAGGAUUGGAAACACAAGUCUAGUUGCGAGUACAGAAUUGAGUCUCGAAUCCCGCUGUCCGUCGAAGGCCACAAGCCAGUGCUCUGUUCCUGCGGCAACGGCAUCCUCCCGCCAAGCUUCAUUUCUGGUCUCGAAAUGUGGGAUGCGGUUUCUAAACAUGCGGUUCGCGGCUUGGUGCCGCUUCUGUUCACUCUACCAUACUCUGACACCAAAUGCAGUCUGGAAGAGGUUGACAAGUUUCGGAAGAGCAAGUGUGAGGCCUGCGGUGCGGAGAAAUCUGUCCAUGGCCGUGCUUUGCUGUCGUGCACUCAAUGUCUCAUGGUGAGAUAUUGCUCGUCAAAGUGUCAGCGCACACACUGGAAGGUUCAUAGAAAGUCCUGUAUGGGGAAGAGUGGUGGUGAUCUUUUUGAUAAGUGA